AAGAAACAAAUCCUGUGCAUAUUUCUCUCCUGAUUCAGAUUAGAUGACUUUUUCAUUGGAGGAAGCAAUAUUAUGGAUAGAGGACUUUAUUACAUGCAGCUUUUCAGUUCACAAUUGAUGGUUGUGUGCAUUUCUGUGAUGUUUUUAUCAGCUGUUUGGACUCAUUCUGACGGCACCCAUUCACCGCAGAGGAUCCAUUGUUGAGCAGGUGAUGUAAUUUCUCCAUAUCUGUUCUGAUUAAAUAAACUAAUCUUUAUUUUGGAUGGCCUGAGGGUGAGUACAUUUUUAGUUUUGGUUGAACUGUUCCUUUAAAGAAAAACAUGAAACACUUCACCUUCAAACAAUGUGAAAUAGUUAUUAUAGAUCAGUACCAGAAAUUUUAAACCUUUUCACUGUUUACAAAUCCCUUUGUAUGUAACAGCUGCGUCGCAUUAGAGUCAUUUUACUCUGAUGAGUCACUGAAUGUUGGACGAACAUUACUGCAAUGCCCAACAUAGUUGCAUGUGAGUAAAAUAAGAAAAAUCCAUUGUGAAAUAAAAAAAAAAUUUGAUAAAACGUGCUGGACUAAAGCAUAAUAAAACACAAAAUGUGAUUUAUUGUCCUGCCCAAACACCCAAAUCUCUGGUAAUCCAGCAUAUCUUGAUUAAAAACACAAACAUGAUAUGAUAUUUUUCACCCUUUCAUACUAUCUCCUACAUCUGUGUGUUCUCUUUUGUCUGUUGGAAUGAUAUAACAACACAGUUGUUAGCGCAAUAGCCAAUAGUGAGCAGGAGGGGGCUGGUCUGGACCACUCUCCACUCCAUCCUGUCUUUUAAAACUCUGGGAAGUUCACGAAACUAUCAGACUUGAUUUUAAAGGACAAGGGAAACAAAUUAAUCGGUCAAGCCACUCAAGAACUUGCCAAACUUUUUUGGGGUGUGUGUCUUUAAUUUAUUAUUUGUUACCAACAGCUGCCCAUCAGUGGCUCUGGCACUAUGUGGGACUUCACAGUCGUGACUCUGGUGCUGUCUACCAUCUUUGUUGUGUCUCUGGCACAAGGACCCGUCUGGGACAGCUCACAUCUUCGGAGGUUGAACAAAACAGACAGGAACAGAAAGCUGGCUUACAACAGCCUAGUGGAGCCACAGACCACAGGCAUAACCGAGUGGACUUCCUGGUUCAAUAUCGACCAUCCAGGAGGAAACGGUGACUACGAGAGGUUAGAAGCCAUUCGCUUCUACUACCGGGAAAGGGUCUGCUCACGACCUGUAGCCAUCGAGGCCCGUACCACGGACUGGGUUGAAGCUGCGGAUACAGGGGAGGUGGUCCAUUCCAGUCUGGAGAAGGGCUUCUGGUGCAUCAAUAAGGAGCAGCCAUUUGGUCGCAGCUGCUCCAACUACCAUGUGCGAUUCCAGUGUCCACCAGUCCACUCAUACUGGACCGACUGGAGUGAAUGGACGCCUUGCUCUGCCACCGCCUGUAACGAUGUUGGCAUCCAAGUCCGUCAGAGGAAAUGCAUGAGCACGCAACCUCUUCCACUGCUUCUUUCACCCGUCUGUGUGGGACCUCACAUCGAACGGAGAGAGUGUUCAACAACACCAUGUGAAGCUAUGUGGAGCCAAUGGGGUUCAUGGAGUGCUUGCUCGGUCACUUGUGGGAAGGGUCGCAGGACAAGGCGUAGGACAUGUCACAGAUCUUCUACUAAGAUUCAGUGCACAGGACGACCUGUGGAGGUUCAAAAGUGUGGAAAUCCAUGUCCAGUGGCAUGCAAACGUGUCUGUCCUGGGGGACAUCCCAGUAGGGACUGCAGCUACUGUAUCUGUGAUGGACAAACACUAAAUGGGGAGGUCUUCAGUGUUACAGGUGUCCCAGUGCCAAACGCCACAGUGGCUCUGGCUAGCCAAGCCAAGGUCGUUCGUGCCCACACUGACGCCAAGGGUCAGUUCAAGAUUGAUGGACUGUGCACCACCCCACAGACCCGAGUGGUCAUAAUAAAGGACAAAUUUGCACCUGUUACUCUCCCUGUUUCCAACAAUAGCACUGAUGAACUCUGGGUACGGGCCAUCUUGCGCUCGUCAGAAAAGCCAUAUAUUGAGAAGCACCCAGAAGACAAAGUGCGUUACGAGGGACAGCGUGCAACCCUUUGCUGUAGAGCAACAGGAUCACCAAAACCUGAUAAAUAUUACUGGUACCAAAACGGAACAUUACUGAAUCGCACAGUAUACAAGUACGACGAAGAUUUGAUAUUGCGGGACCUGAAACCAGAGCAUUCAGGGCAAUAUCACUGCAAAGCAACUAGUCUGACAGGCAGCAUCAAGUCUGCUUCAGCUGUCCUCACUGUUUUCACUAAAGGAACACCAGCGUGCAACUCAACACCUGAUUACCACCUGAUCAAAUUGCCAUUAGACUGCAAGCAGCCUGAAACAGACUCCAAGUUUUACAAUGCAGGUCGCUGUCCACACAAGAAAUGCCCUGGGGCGCUGGACUUUGACAUGCGCUGCAGGGAUGGAUCUGGCUUCUGCUGUGGGGUCAAGAAAAUGGACGCUAGAGAGAUCAAAUGUGGCCGUUACACCCUACCUAUCAAGGUUGUGAGUGAGUGUGGCUGUCAGACUUGUUUGGAGCCCAAGGUUCUGGUACGGGGGAGAGUGGUGUCAGCAGACAAUGAUGAACCCCUGCGCUUUGGACACAUUUACAUAGGGAAAGAACGGAUUGGUACCACAGGAUAUCAGGGUGGGUUCACAAUCCAGGUUUCUCCAGAUACACAGCGACUUGUGGUAAACUUUGUGGACCCUUCUGAGAAGUUCAUUGACACAAUCAAGGUUUUUAUCUUUGACAAGAGAGGAGGUGCUGUAUAUCAUGACGUAAAAGUGAUGAGAAAGCAGGAACCUAUUGAUAUCAACGCUGCAGAAAGCAAUACCAUUUACCUAGGUGAAAUGAAAGAUGAGGACCCCAUCGGUCAACUGGUAAUACCUCCGAACUCUUUCCAUAAACACACAGGGGAAGUUUACGAAGGGACUGUUAAGGCCAGCGUCACGUUCCUCGACCCGCGCAACAUUACCAUGGCUGCUGCCGCUCCUGGUGAUCUCAACUUUGUAGACAAUGAAGGAGACAUGCUACCUCUCAGGACAUAUGGAAUGUUUUCAGUAGAUUUCAGAGAUGAGGCAAACCAGGAGGUUCUAGGAGCCGGUGCAGUCCAGGUUCUCCUUGAUACGGAGCAUGUAAAAAUGCAGGAGCACAUCCCUACAAUGAAACUCUGGUCCCUGAAUCCCGAUACAGGCAUUUGGGAGGAGGAGAGUAACUUUAAACCCACACAAAACACCAUUGCUGGCAGUGGGAGAAACAAACGAGAAGAGCGCACCUUCCUGAUUGGAAAUAUGGAAAUCAGGGAGCGUAGGUUGUUCAAUCUCGAUGUACCUGAGAAUCGCCGCUGCUAUGUCAAAGUUAGGGCAUACAUGAGCGACAAGUUCCUGCCCAGUGAGCAACUAGAAGGUGUGGUAAUAAACUUGAUAAACUUGGAGCCUAAGCCUGGCUACUCGUCAAAUCCAAGGGCUUGGGGACGCUUUGACAGUGUGAUAACAGGACCAAAUGGUGCUUGCCUUCCAGCUUUCUGUGAUGCUCAGAGGCCUGAUGCAUAUACUGCUUACGUCACAGCUAUAAUGGGAGGUGAGGAACUGGAAGCAGCCCCCUCAAUGCCAAAAAUGAACCCAAACAUUAUUGGUGUGUCUCAGCCAUACUUAGGGAAGUUAGAUUACCAGCGCUCAGAUCAUGAGGAUCCAGCACUUAAGAAAACAGCUUUCCGAAUCAACCUAGCUAAACCAAACCCUAACAAUUUUGAUGAAACAAAUGGACCAAUCUAUCCCUAUCAGAGAUUAAUUGCAUGUGAAAAUGCACCUGUUGAUGCCAACCACUUUCGCUUUUUCCGUGUCGAAAAAGAUAAAUAUGAGUACAAUGUAGUACCCUUCCAGGAGAGUGACCUCACAUCUUGGACUAGAGACUAUCUUUCCUGGUGGCCAAAUCCACAAGAGUUCAGAGCUUGUUACAUCAAAGUUAAGAUUCAUGGAGCUACAGAAAUCAUAGUAAGGUCAAGAAACCUUGGUGGCACUCAUCCUCAGACAAGAGGUCAGUUGUAUGGCAUUAGAGACAUUCGUAGUACCCGUGACAUAAACCAUCCUAACACCUCUGCUGCUUGUCUUGAGUUCAAGUGCAGCGGGAUGCUCUUUGAUCAAGAUACUGUAGACAGGUCACUCAUUUCCGUCAUCCCACAAGGUAACUGCCGGCGCAUAGGCAUCAACGGUCUCCUACAAGAGUAUCUGAUAAAGCAUCCUCCUGUUCUUCAGAAGAAUGAGUCUCAUGCGUUCAAUAUGUUAGCUCCUGUUGACCCACUUGGACACAAUUAUGGAAUAUACACCGUCACAGACCAGAACCCACGCGUUGCCAAAGAGAUUGCCAUUGGCCGCUGUUUCGAUGGAACUUCAGAUGGUUUUUCCAGGGAGAUGAAGUCAGAUUCUGGAGUGGCACUGACAUUCAGCUGCCCUAAAAGAACUGUGAAUCGUGAGAGCUUAUUCCAGCGCUUGCAAACAAAUCCUGGCCUAACACUAACACAGAUGGCACGGGAGAUGAGGGAGUCCCAGGGACUGCAAGUCAGAAGGGGGUCAACUCAAAUGGUGGCCUACCCUUUUGGCCAACAGGGCGGGAGCCAGAACCGCAGAGCCACAAACACUAACAGAAGGAGAUCUGCACAACCAAGACAGUAGAUGUUUUUUUAGGUGAGUUCUCAGAGCACACCUUUAAAAAAAUAAUUUCAAGAUGUUGAUGAAAAUCAAGUGCAUGCUUUCCAUUCGAAUGCAGGACUUUUGGGUUGAAGAAAGCGAAAAAAAGACUCAAAAAAUUUGCUAUGGAAAUCCCAAACUUGGCCAGCCGGGUGAUAAUGGAUGCUCUGUCCUAAUGGAGCAAAAUCCUUAAAUGAUUUAAACUCUUUUCACUUGUGUAUGGAAAACUGUCCUCUCAUACUUCCUCAAAGUUUACUUUAUUAAUUUGAACAUAACAUAAUUCAUAACAUUUGUUUUAUGAUUAGGCCACAUACUCUACAAGUCCCAUACAGACUGAUUUCAUUUGAUUAUUUCACAUGUCAACUCUUGCUUAUGUUGAGCGUCCUACUUUUAGAUCUGUAGUUAUUGACUUAUUUUCUCUAAUUGAUCAGUGUCUUCCAUUGAUGACAGGCUAAAUUGGCGAGAGUCUGUAUGGGUUGAGGUCAAGUGUGACAGCUGCUAAUCCUUUCAUCAACAACAUAUUCUAAUCUGUUAGAAUAUGACAAUGCAACAUAAAUGCAGUUGCUGUAUUUUCACUCCACCCUACAUUAACAAAAAUCCAAUUGUGUGAUUUAAACAAUUAAUGGACCAUAAAAACACCAUAUGGACCUGCGUGAACUGGACAACUGUGUUAUUUUAGGUACAUUUUGUAGGUAGCAUUACUAAUAGAAUUUCAUUAUGGUAAUUCUGAUUUGAUUUGUCUAAUCCCUUAUGCUUUUACUGUUCUGUAUUGGUUCAAAGCAGAACGUUAAUUUAGUUGAGGUAUUACAGUGCAUGCUUUAAUAGAUGAUGCAAAAGUUUAUUUUGUCUGUGUAUCCAAAGAUGUACAGCUGGCUCAAUGCAGGUAGAAUAUAAACAAUAUGAAAACAAUAUUCUAAAAUCAAAUCUUCAAAGAAACAAAAAUAUACCUAAAAAAAAAAGUAACAAAUUUGUUAAUUGGAAAAAUCAGUCUAAAUAAAGUAAGGUUAACUGAAUAAAUAAUCAAACAGAGAAAUUUACAGUAUAAUAUUUUGGCACAAUUUUUUCUAAAAUUGCAGUUGAACAUAGUUCGCAAAGUUUCUGAGCUAUAACAGAACAACAGUAAUCAGGCAUUAACAGGACAUUUUUUUUCCCAGUCAUAGAAUCAUGAGGAAAUAAGAUAUAUAACUCUAAAACAUUUUUUUAACUGUAAAACACAUUGCUGUAUGCCAAGAACACAUUUAAAAUGACUGAAAAACUUUUUUCUUCGGUCUCAGACAGUCUCACCUGUAAGCGAUGUUAAGUCGUACAUUUGUAACUUGAAUAACUUUGAACUUUUGUAAUUUUGUAAUAUAUCCAGUUAAAGGAACCUUGGUCUUAUAGCAUACUGUAAAUUUCUAUUUCAAAGAUAAGAUGGAGUUUUAGAUGAAUAUGGUGCUAAAAAAUAGUUGGUCUCCAGUUAGCUUUCAAAAGUGUUUGUCCUCGCUUCAACUGUCUGGCUGGUCUUAGGGGGACUUUUCCAGGAAUAUCCUCUGGCAAAAUGUUCAUUGAUAACUCUACCACUACACUACAAAAUGAGAGUUGAAUAGUUGCCUUUGCAGCCUCGGAAAUCUCUUUUCAUGCUUGCUUCACAAACAUUUCACAUACAACAAAUCCUGAAAAUCUAUGCAAAUCAUAUUGUAACUUAUACUGCAUGAAAUUUCCCAUCUUGCAAUCUUGAAAGCCAGUUUUAUGUGUAAAUUGUGGAUUACAGUUUCUGUCAAUUUUACAAGAAUGUAAAUAAACAUCUCCUGUAAACGU